CCAGCCACCCUUUUUGUCAUCUCAAUUAGCAUCUCGAUCUGCCAAUCAUUAUGGCAGAUCAACCUCCCAGCCACCCUUUUUGUCAUCUCAAUUAGCAUCUCGAUCUGCCAAUCAUUAUGGCAGAUCAACCUCCCAGCCACCCUUUUUGUCAUCUCAAUUAGCAUCUCGAUCUGCCAAUCAUUAUGGCAGAUCAACCUCCCAGCCCCCCGCGCCGGCUUAGGGCUUGCGCGCCGUGCACCCGAGCCAAAGCGCGAUGUCGCUUCAAAGGGGAGGAUGCUGGGCGGCAAUUCUGCGAGAGGUGUGAGAGGCUUGGCAUUGAGUGUUCUGCGAAAACAACAAAGAGUCUGAGAAAGACUAGACAGAUUAAAUUGGCAACCGGAGGAGCUGCCUUGGAGCGCCAAGGGAUCACCCGGAUUAAUAAUGACAAUGUCGCAUUUCCUCCAACAGCCGGGAACCAAAUACCGGAUGUUCACAAUUCUUCAAGGAGUAGCCAAGACGUUGCGCAUUCUCACAGAAUUGACCGAGGUGCGAUAACCCAAACAGGCCAUACAAAUAAUCUUCCACCUUUGGGACUUUCAUGGGAUCAGGCAACCCGAAUCCUAGCCAUCUUCCGGAAGCAUUACAUGGCCGUCUUUCCCUUUGUUAUCGUCCAGGACGCGGCCGUGCCACAGCAACUUCACACUGAGAGACCGUUCCUAUUCCGGGCCAUGAUGCUGGUCGCUGCACCUCUGUCGGUGCCCCGGAUCGUUAAGAUGAAGCGCAACGUGCUUGCAUACCUUAGCCAGCAAAUUUUCGUCGAGGAAAAGCGGACGCUAGAUUUGCUACAAGGUCUCUUAGUUUGUAUUGCUUGGGGUCAUACUUGUCAGAUCAGCGACGACCAACUUACAAACUUGACGCAUUUAGCUUUGGGAUAUGCACACAAUCUUGGAAUCACGAAGAUUCUGCCCCCAACUCCCAGGAAAGCUGACUCGAACGACGCCCCUAGAGAAACGGCGAAGACGGCGAAUGCCGACACUAUUGAGAGAACUCAUUCCCUAGAGGAGCAGCGAGCUUUCCUGGGCUGUUUCUGUGUGCUCUCGGUCACAUCGUUUCAAGCUUCGAGGAGGAAUCCCCUUGGCGGACCAUAUGUUGACCUGUCUCGCGACGCCCUUUCUGAUAUGAGUACGUCCCGGACCGACCUCCUCCUUGACCGAAUAGUUCGCAUGGCCCAAAUGGGCGAAAAGCUCUCGCAGGGAUUCGGUGAGCCUCACGAUCGCGACCAGGCCCGUUCCUACGCCUUUCUUCUCGAAGGCAGCGGACGCCGAUUCCGCACAGAGCUGGAUCGCCUGACCGAGAACACUGCGCAUCCAGACCUAGCAGAGCAUCGGCCGCUAUUCGAACUCUACCACCAGUGCCUCAUUGUGCGGUUGUAUGAGCCUGCUGUUACUAUAGCCGACAGGCCGGAAGAGGGUGUUCCACCAUCCAUGUACCGCUCGCUGUGUCUGCGCAACUGCUUUGGCGCUGCAAAAGAGUUCCUGGACACCCUCCUCGCGCAACCUAUCGACGCAUUCUCGCACCGCUCUAUCCUGACCACGGACCAAGCCGCCUUUGUUCUGUUGAUGGCAGCACGGCUUCUCCUCAUCGAUGCGCCAGAUUGGGACGUCACGCUCGCACGGCAGACGCUCGACUUGCGAACUAUCCUGAACCAGAUAAUCGCACGCAUCACCGAGACUGAAGCACUGCGCACGAAGGCCGUAGAGGAGUUUGCCUCUGAGACAGGUGAAUUAUUAACUGGCGAGGAGCGAAAGUUGGAGAGUAGGCUGGCGGAAGUUGCACGGAAGACGAGGUGGCUGCGGGAGUGCUUUGAGGCAAGGCUUCAGGGUCAGUCGAUUCAGGAGCAGUGGCCGAUUGGAGUGGAUGGAAUGGGAGUGACGACAAGGGAAGCUGGUGAUGGGAGCAUAGAACUAUCGUGGUCUGGAGGGCUGUUGGGGGAUGCUGCAUGGAACUUUGACUCUCUAAAUGUGUGAUUUCCUCAUGGGACCAUAGAGUGAGGUUGUUUCGUG